AUGCUGUUGGACUACUCCACGUGCCUGCUCAGGCUGACGGACGUGGAGCGGGAGAAGCUACAGCUGGUGGUGGCUGCACUAAAGGUGAGCGAGUACACCGACGACGUCGACGAUUUCAGGAGGCCGUAUGAUACAAAGAAGCGGAUGGUGAAGGCCAUGGUGGAGCUGUUUGACAUCAUCACCGGCCUGGCGGUGGCCUCGGAUGUGAUCCCGAAAUCGACCAAGAACGCCUUGCUAGCGGGAGACACCAAACUGUCGGUGCUGGUGCCGCUGCUGGAGGAAUUCUUCGAGAUCCUGCGCCGGCACAAGCGCCUGAACCCCUUUAGUCACCGCGAGGAAUACGGAAAGCUCGUGAUGCUUUUGCAGGACGUCCAGAACCGAACUGUGGCCUCCAUUCUGGGCAUUCAGAGUAGCCUGGUCAUUCCUUGUCGAACGGUGGGGGCAGCCCUCAGGGAAGUCGGUGCGGAGCAGCUGCUGCACGACAACGAGCUGACGAGCGUAGGGUACCUUCGCAAGCGGGGGAAGGAAAAGGAGGAAGGAAUGCAGGUGAUUAUCAACAAGUAUGGCGGCGACGAUCCCGAGAGGAGGGGUGUGGUGGAGCGCUGCCUGCGCUCGAUGGACGAUGUUAGCCAGUUCCUGCGAUCGAACUGCCGCCCGCUGCGAUUCCUCUCGGAGUGCGUGAAGGAGGAAUUUCAGAGCAUGGACAGCUCCAGCGUGUACAAUCUGUCGAUUUCGGCGGGACGUGGCGGAGCCCGGUUCUCGCACAACCACAAGCUGCAAUGUCAGUACGUCCGGGAAUCCCUGUAUCUCUGGGAGACGGUGCAGCGGCGUAUCUUCGAGAUGUGGGAGGUUGCUGAGGCUGAUAUGCUGGUGGAUGGUGGUGGUCGCUACGACUUCGUGAACACGGGGCAGGGCUACCACCGCAUGUGUUUCGCUCCGAAGAGCUACUCGGCGAUGUCUGCGUGCGUGCAACACGCGGAGCAUCGAAUGGGGGGUUGGGUGGGCAUCAAGGUGAUCCACCUGGGCGAUCGCGAUGUUCCCAACCCGCUGGUGUUCAUUGACAAAUACACCGUGAUCCCGCGUAUCGUGCAGCCGAUCGUUCACGUGCUGCGUGAGCUGCAGCGCGCGUUCGGGAAGGGGGACUGCCGCGACGACGAGAAGACCGGCGAAAGCAUCACGUACCCUGGCCUCAAAGGGUUUCUGGAAUCCAAAUACGGCAGCUACGAAAAGCUCAAGCUGAUGAUCCUGUCGGACUUCUUCAAGCAUGCCUUUGACGGCUCGGGCGAUGACGGUGGUAGCUGCAUCGAUGGUCGCCUCACGUCGGCGUGGAAUUGGUGCCAUGAACUGCACAACAAACCCUACUACGAUGCCUUCGUGCUAUCUGGUUUCAAUGGAUUUGAUUAA